AUGCCACAACUCACUAAACUCUUCCCUGGGUUUCACAAUAAGCUUAAAAUACUCAAUAGACUAGAUAAAUACGUUAGUGGGGGUAUUGUUGUGGGAAGAGAGGCCGAAUUUGGUCGGAUGGUUCAACAGAGCUACCUCGAUGAGACUCAAAAGAAUAUGAUCACCAAACGAUAUCUUGGGAUUAUAGGAAUACCGGAUACCAUUGUAGACAUUGAAAAAUGGAUAAAAAGUCUUGAAAAUGAAUCCUUCAAACUCGAUAAGAAUUUCAGGGGCACUAUAACCAAAGAUUUAGAAAUCUUAAAUCGAGAUUACGACGAAUCUUCCCCUACCACAAGAUUCAUCAAGAAAGUAGAUGCUACCACAAACAUAAAGAUACUUCUUCAGUUAAAGAAAAGAGCUUCAUCAACACUUGCAUCUAAAUAUCCACAACUUUAUAAAGAUAAAACCUUAGUACCAAUGAUUUUAGAAACAGUCACUGGUCGUAAGAACCAACUACGUGAUCAUGUCCUACAAACAUUUGGUAUCUCAUUGCUAAAUGAUGAUAACUUUGCUCAAUUUAAGUUAUAUUCAGCUGGUCCAAAACAUCAUGGCGAGAAAAUUAAAACUCUGAUAAAUAGUACAAUCUUCAAAUCAAACCAAAUAGGCCUUCAUGCUGGUUAUGUUAAAGUUUCAACCAACAAAGGCUUAAUUAUGCCCUUAAGUGAAGCAGAUCAAGAACUUUGGAGUCCAUUCCUCGACAGAAAUGGAGAUUUUGGUUCACUAUUAACACGAGAUCUCAAAAACCGUAUCAAAUAA